CUCAACACAACACACACUAUUGAGCUUGUUCCUUUUAAUUUCUUGUUCUCUCUCUCUCUCUCUCUUCAUUACUCUUCCAAGCUUCGAAUCUAUCUCUCUCUGUCUCUUUCUUUAAUGGCUUUGCCUUGUACAACCAGUCACGAUCUGAAUAAUAAACUCAACUACUCUUCUUCUUCUUCUUCUUUGUCCUCUCUUGUUCUUCUUCUUCCAUGUUUCUCUUCUUCUUGCAUGUUCUCUUCUUCCUCAUAUGAAUGAACCACACUUUUCUUGUCUUUUCACUUCUCAAACUACAAUGGCGCAUACCAUUUUUCUCUUUCUUGCUUCAUUCUCUUUCUUCCUUGCUGCUUUUCCUCUUUCUCUUGCUAACACUGACCCUACUGAUGUUCAAGCUCUCGAGGUCAUGUACAAUGCAGUGAAUAAUCCAACUGAACUAACCGGUUGGACAAUUGGGGGUGGCGAUCCAUGUGGAGAUUCAUGGAAAGGGAUAACUUGUGAGGGUUCAUCUGUUGUUUCAAUUGAUCUCUCUGGUUUAGGACUCCAUGGAACUCUUGGAUACUUGCUUUCAGACCUCAUGUCACUCAGAAAGCUUGACUUGAGUGACAACAAGAUCCAUGAUCAAAUUCCGUAUCAGUUGCCACCAAAUCUUACUAGCCUAAAUCUUGCAAGAAAUAACUUAACUGGAAAUCUUCCGUAUUCCUUUUCUGCCAUGGUUUCACUCACUUAUCUGAAUGUGAGCAAUAAUGCACUCUCCUUGCCAAUCGGAGAAGUUUUUGCUAAUCAUUCCCAUCUUGAUACCCUGGAUUUAUCAUUUAAUAACUUUUCUGGGGAUCUUCCACCUUCAUUUGCUACACUGUCCAGUCUCUCUUCUCUUUUCUUGCAGAAGAACCAAUUGACUGGCUCUCUUGGUGUUCUUGUUGGUUUGCCUUUAGAUACUUUAAAUGUUGCAAAGAAUAAUUUCAGUGGAUCGAUACCUCCUGAGCUUAAAUCUAUCAAAAAUUUCAUAUAUGAUGGAAAUUCUAUCGAUGAUGGCCCUGCACCUCCUUCGACAGAAUCUACUUCACCUCCACCUCGUGAACCUGAUAAAAGUAAUCCUCACUCCGGGUCUGGUUCACAUCCUAAAAGACAUGGUUCUGAUGAUAAAAAAUCUGAUGACCAUAAGGGAACGUCACCGGGGGCCAUUGUAGGGAUUGUUUUAGGUUCAGUGUUGGUGUCUUCUGUUGUGCUAGUUGCUAUUGUUUUCUGUAUCCGAAAGCUAAAAGGGAAGGAAAAGGGUGCAAGAACUUCAAACGGGAGCCUUCCUCCUGGAAUCAUCAAUGUAACUCCUCAAAUGCAAGAGCAAAGGGUGAAAAGUGCUGCAGUUAUUACAGAUCUCAAACCUCGUCCUCCUGCAGAAAAUGUGACGAUGGAUAGGAUGCCUAUGAAAAGUGGAUCUGUAAAGCAGAUGAGGUCUCCCAUCACUUCCACAUCGUACACAGUUGCUUCGCUCCAGAGUGCAACAAAUAGCUUCAGUCAAGAAUUUAUUAUUGGUGAAGGUUCUCUUGGUCGAGUUUACAAGGCUGAAUUCCCAAAUGGGAAGAUUAUGGCCGUCAAGAAGAUUGACAACGCAGCACUGUCUUUACAAGAGGAAGACAAUUUUCUUGAAGCCAUUUCUAAUAUGUCACGCUUGCGGCAUCCGAACGUUGUUACACUUGCUGGAUAUUGUGCAGAACAUGGCCAGCGGCUUCUAAUUUAUGAAUAUAUUGGAAAUGGAAAUUUACAUGACAUGCUCCAUUUUGCCGAAGAAAGCAGUAAAGCUUUACCUUGGAAUGCUCGUGUACGCAUAGCUCUUGGCACCGCCCGGGCCUUAGAGUACUUGCACGAAGUUUGCUUGCCCUCUGUUGUACAUAGAAAUUUCAAAUCAGCAAAUAUAUUACUCGACGAGGAGCUCAAUCCUCACCUGUCUGACUGUGGCUUAGCUGCUCUGACACCAAACACUGAGAGACAGGUAUCAUCAACUCAGAUGGUCGGUUCAUUCGGUUAUAGUGCACCUGAAUUUGCAUUAUCAGGAGUAUACACUGUAAAAAGCGAUGUUUACAGCUUUGGCGUGGUUAUGCUAGAACUUUUAACUGGUCGGAAGCCACUUGACAGUUCACGAGUUCGAGCUGAGCAGUCACUUGUGAGGUGGGCUACACCGCAGCUCCAUGAUAUAGAUGCCUUGUCAAAAAUGGUCGAUCCUUGUUUGAAUGGCAUGUACCCUGCAAAGUCGCUGUCACGCUUCGCUGAUAUCAUUGCCCUCUGCGUUCAGCCGGAACCCGAAUUUCGACCUCCAAUGUCUGAGGUGGUGCAAGCAUUGGUCCGGUUAGUGCAACGAGCAAGUGUGGUUAAAAGGAGACCAAGUGAUGAAUCUGGUUUUGGUCACAAGACCCCGGACCAUGAGGCCAUGGACAUAUCAUUUUAAAUGUUUUUGCCUCUUAAGUUUUAACUUUUUUUGGCAAUUUUGUGUAAAGUGGUGAAGCUAUUAUUCGGCUGAAAAAAAAUUAUAGGGCACAGGAAAGAGUAGAAGUUUGUGAAAAAAUGUACCAAACAUAUUCAAGAUAUUUGUAAUUAGUGUGUUUGAAUUUUUCACACACCAUCAAAUACUUUGGAAAAUAAUAAACUGUAUAUUUAACUUGUUAUGGUGUAAUAUAAUGUAAUUUUAAGCCAUUCACAUGUUGAUGGAAA